ACAAAAAAAUUAGGUUAUGUUGUAAGGUUAUGUUUCGCUUUAAGUUAUAAAGUCAAUGUGAUGGGUUAAAAAGCAUUGCACUGAAUAGUUUCAUAUAUCAUACAUUAUUCAGUCAUGGAUGAAUUAGUUGUGGGAACUUAUGAAGGCUUCUUACUAGGAUACUCAAUAUUUUCAGAACCAACAGAAUCUAAACUGAAACAGACCUUUGCAACACAAUCACAUACAUCUUCAGUGCGGUGUGUCUCUUUAUCUGAAAAGUUUUUGGCUUCAGGGGGCACUGAUGAUAAAGUUGUUGUUAUAGACUUGAAGACUCGUAAAGAGCAUACAGUACUUAUGAACCACGAUGGUACAAUAAAUACAGUAGCCUUUACAAAUAGUGGUACUCAUCUCUUGACUGGUAGUGACGAUGGAAACAUUAUUGUAACCCGAACUGGAAAUUGGCAGAUUGAAAAAAUAUGGAAAAAAGCUCAUGGAGGGCAACCAGUAACUGCAAUUGCUAUUCACCCAUCAGAUAAGUUGGCACUUAGUAUUGGGGGUGACAAAACUCUAAGAACUUGGAAUUUGAUUAAAGGUCGUCCAGCUUUUACAAUUAAUCUGUCUAGUAAGGGUAUAUCUAUGCCAACAGAAAUCAGGUUCUCGCCAGGUGGUGACAGAUUCUCACUAAUUUAUCAACAAUGUGUUGAUGUGUGGACAAUAAGUAAGGCAGGUGUUGAAAAGCAUAUUACAUGUAAUUCAAAACCUACUUCAGUUCAAUGGAUCACUGAUGAUAAGUUAUAUGUGGGUUUGGAUAAUGGUAACAUAAUUGCAUUAAAUGUCUCCGACUCACAAGCUCUUACAUACCAAGCUCACAAACAACGUGUUAAAUGUUUACACUAUGAAAAUGAAGUAUUAUAUUCAGCAUCAAGUGCUGGAGAGCUAAAAGUCUGGUCAGAAAAUGAUUCUAAAUUAUCGGAAAUAUGUUCUACUAAUGCUGGUUGUAGACUUACAUGUGUAACAUUAAACCGACAAAACCAUUUAAUUAAAAAAGAAGACAACUCUGAUAAUGGAGAACAUAGUGAAGAAGCUGAAGAUAUAAAUAACAGUGAGCAAUCUGAUGAUGAACCUGCUGAAAAAGUAUCUAUAGCACAUAAAAGGCAACCUGGAGCUUUUGUUAGAGUUAGUUAUGGCAGCGAUAAUGAAAACAAUAGUGAAGCACCGCCUAAGAAAAAAAUCAAGAAAAGGAAACGAAACAAAAAGCCUAAAAAUAAAGUAAAUUAAUAAUUGGAUACCAUAAGUAAUUUUUAUUCCACACAUUCAUUAUCAAGGUACUAUCAUAGAAAAAAUAUUAUCCCUAAUCUAUUCCUAUGUGAUAUUAU